AUGGCACAGCCGGGGAUAACAGGGAGAACACAUACCAAAUUGGUAGGUGCCCCGGACUAUGACGACCCCGAAUUCUGGGACUCUCGAUUGCGACCGGCUCUUCUGGACGUGGUCCUGUCCGACUUGGAUAGUCGUCCCGGCUUCCAAGGCGCACCGCGUGUCUUACACUUGGGCCCCGGCGUUUCACAACUGGGCGUCAAGCUCCGGGAUGCCUGUACGGAGCGGCAAUGGAUGGGGAACGGAAUUGUCAAUGUUGAUUUCUCUACCGAAGCCGUUCGACUUGGCCAAGAAGCUGAACGACAACAAGCUCCCCACAGGGCCAUGCAUUGGCUACGCGCCAACUUGCUUUCCUGGGACCAUGUGUCCACUCUGACUCCCUUUGCGCCCUUUGAUGUAAUUCUGGACAAAAGCACGAGCGAUGCGAUCGCCACUUUCAGCGAUCAAAGGAUCUCGACCGAAGAUGAUCGGUCCUGCAUUUGUCCUACAGUGCGACCGUUUCUCUCUAGCGAACGCACCGUCACCUUGUCUCCGGUCGAAGCGCUCGCCCUGCACCUUGUGCCAUUGACGCAAUCGAGCACCACAUGGAUCGCGCUUUCAUACUCGACCUUCCGAUUUGACAGUCUACCCUUUCUUGCCAAAUACUGGUCAGCGCGCUCGCGAACGCCACUGAAAGCGCCCCCCGGCCACGUCUCCUCCUCGGCCCAUACCCCGGAGGUUUUCCACUGGGUGUAUAUUAUGGACCGCAAGUAG